AUGGACCAGCAACCCAGACUGUCAGGCCCACACCAGGCACCUCUCAAACGCCUUGUGCAGAAACCGAGCUUUCUUCUGCCCAAGACAACAUCAAUUCCGCCUAAUAACCCAGAAUCAUACCUGACGAGAGUCGUUUCCUACACCUCAUGGCCACACACCUCCCCUAAUGCCUCAGCGAUGGCCAAAGCUGGAUUUCAUCAACAGCAACACUCUCAAAACCGAGACCUAGCUACAUGCUCCACUUGUGGCCUUACACUCAUGAACUGGGAAUGCAGUGAUGAUCCUCUUGAUGAACAUGUACGACGCUCACCUGCAUGCUCUUUUCUACACACUCUUCGAGUUGUGAAACCCGCCUUAACACCGGCGCAAACAACACCAAUCCCGAGCUCAGCGCCUCCCAAAGUCAGUCUGGCAUCACGUGCUUUGAUCCGGGCGUCCGCUACAUCAACAGCAGCUGCUGAGACCUCAAUAUCGACCCGCACAACUAUGCCCCGGCUAGCAUAUCCGCCUCCGCCAGCAUUCUACCCUCCACACCACCACAUGUUGAAUUCAAACUCUGACAGAAAGGCCGAAAAUGCGCUCGCACAGGCUGAUUCACCGGGAGAGUCAAAGGGAGAAGCCGUGCUGGACGUGGAGGGUUGGGUGGAGCUUGGGUUUGACGGGGAAGAGAAGGACGACUGGGUCAAAGCGGAGCCUCCCCACCACAGCGACCAGCAACAUUACAACGAAAAGCUCCUUCACACUCACCACACCACCACAUCCGGUACGGUGUCUAUACAGUCCCCACACGCCACUCCUCCCCCCACCAGACCACUCUUCCCUCACCAACGACGUCCUCUUCCUCCCCGCAGCCAACGUCUUCGAAGAGCGGAUGUUUCGAGAAAGAUAGAUACCACACAACCGCCGCCGUCGACUACGCCCGACCGCGACGACGGUACCAGCGAUGCCGGAUUUAGCGCACGUGCAUCGUUCUUCGACGUCGCGCUCACGGCGAAUAGGAUUAUUGAGGGAUGUGUUGAGGGAGUGGUGAGUCCGAAGGAGGGGACGAGUGGGAUAGGCGAGUUGAGGAAAGGGUUCUUCCUCGAUGGCGAGGGGGCCGGCGGGAUAGCUGCGAAUAUCACGCGCAUCCAUUCGCAGCCAGCAAUCGAUUUUUCCAAACGGGAUACCAGUAGACUCAGGAAGUUUGUCCAGGAUCUCAGGCCGUGGAGAGCGGAGAUCAAAUCGACUGUUUAA